AUGAGUAAGAAGAAAGAAACUAUUUUAGUAAUUCAGAGCGGUUGGAAGAAGCCCAAAGAACUCUCAAUAACGUACUCCCUUGACCCACAAUACCCAACUAUAACACUCGACGGUUCCCACAUCAUGUUAAAGCGUUCUUUUAUGUCAUUCACUUUAAGCGAAGAACUUACCAAAGAACUUUCAAAGGAUAAUGUCCUUACGAGCGAUGAACAGAACAAUUCAUUUGAACUUAUCUACGAUAGAGAAAUUGGAUUUUUGUGUCAAAACGAACUCGAGUUUAUCCAAAUCAUCACGAUGUUGUCGCCACUUGUGCGUCCUAUUGGUGUAUUUAGGUUCCCAAUCAAUUCAACGAUCACUAAAUCACGGUGGACAGUCCCCAAUAUCGUCUACCGCUCAAUCGAAUUUCUACGCGCGAACAACGCGAGUAAUACGGAGGGCAUAUUUAGGAAGAACGGAAACAGUAAACGCGUCUCGGAGUUGCGCGCCCUUGCGGAGACGGAUUCGGAUAUUCAGUUUGAUAAGAAGGAGUCAACGGACGUUGUCGCGACAUUACUGAAAAAGUAUUUGGCGUCGCUCGUUGAAACUGUGAUACCGUCCUUUUGGGUGAACGACUUUAUUAAUAUGCCUCUUGGUGCGCCUCUUCCCUUCAACUUUGUGAAUAGUCUCCCCAAGCCAAAUCGAAACACGUUGUGCUACAUCUGUAUGUAUUUAGACGAAAUUGUGAAGAAUAGUGAUGUCAACAAAAUGGACGCACAAAACACUGCAACGUGUAUGGCACUUGCUCUUACACGACGGCCCAUUGAUUCAAAAUUGGACGAACUCAAAUUCACAAAUGGCGCCAUUGCGGGGUUAAAGUGUUUAUUGGAACAAAGCGAGAGUGCAUUUAAGGAUGUCGUGGAGGAGAUGAAAACGUGGGGGAAUCCUCCAGAAUAUCCCGCAUUCCAGUCAAGGCCACCAACACCUUUUAACUUGAUUGCUCUGGGUAUUAAAACUGAAAUAAAGGCGUAUAAAAAGCAACAGCGGCUGUCGUCGAGCUUAAUGAAAAAGAUGGUUCAACCUCAAGUUGCCCUCGCAGAAAAAAAUAACGAGCGGAGAAAGAGGAGGAACUUCUCCGUAUCGUUCGACUCGUUUGGUGGUGCCUUUAGAAAAGACGAGGAAAAGAAGGAGGAAGUCGUGAUUGAAAAACACGCCAAAAAGGUACUCACCCCUUCGUUGACAGGGCAAACAACAUACCCCGGAAAGACUCCUCCUCUUAUCUUGGUCCAAACAACUAAGAAAGAAGAGAACAAAGUGUAA